AUGGCCACCGUCCGAGCCGCUCACUUGCUGAUCAAGCACACUGGAAGUCGCAAUCCAGUGUCGCGACGCACGAAGCAACAGAUCACCAUGACUCCUGAGGAAGCCGAGGCCGAACUCAAGCAAUACGAAGCCAAGAUCAAAGCCGAAGGAGUCCAUGAAGCGUUUCCCAAGUACGCCAAGAUGCGCAGUGAUUGUGGAUCCUACGUGGAAAAUGGAGACCUAGGAGACUUUGGGCGUGGUGACAUGCAAAAGCCUUUUGAAGAUGCCACUUUCGCCCUGCAAGUCGGGGAAAUGUCGGGCAUAGUUUCUACGGAUAGUGGACUGCACCUUAUUUACCGCAUUGCCUAA